AUGGAUGUGAUUGUUGACAAAGAUACAGAUAGUCUUAUCAUUUGUGACUAUGAGAACACACAAGUAGUACGAUGGCCUCGCCAAGGUGGUACAAGUGGAGAAACGAUCAUCCCCAACAUCGACUGCUUGAGUUUGAUGAUAGAUAAUCAGGGAUUUCUUUAUAUCUCUUCUCCGUCGGAGAAUGUUAUCAGACGAUGGCGAGUAGAAGAUAAUGGUAUUGGGACGGUGAUCGCAGGUGGAAAUGGAGCGGGUGAUUGUCUUAAUCAACUUAAUAGAGCUUUUCACAUUUUUGUUAAUCGAGAUCAUUCCAUAUAUGGGUCGGACUGUAGCAAUCAUCGUGCAGUGUAUUGGAUGAAGAACUCGAAAGAAGGGAUUGUUGUAACUGGUGGUCAAGGUGAAGGAAAUCAUUUAACACAAUGUUCUUGUCCUCAUGGAGUGAUUGCCGAUCAAUUGGAUACUGUCUAUGUAGCGAAGUUAGGAAAUAACUGA